AUGUCACUUCUGAAGACCUUCGUUCAGGACUUUUCUGAGGGUGGGCGCCCCGGUGAGGAACUAGAAGAUGCAUAUACUGCAAGUAGAAAUAGCGACAUCUUGUUCUAUGACCCUGACUUGGACUCCCUUGUGAGCGGAUGGAAGGAUUCAUUGGAGCGUGAAGAUAGUUUAUACCUGCUUGAUUUUGAUAGGGGCCAAAUGACGCUGCUGUUGAUUAUACUGAAAUCACAAGCUCUUCAGAAGGCCGUUAGGGAGGUGUUUGAGAAUAACUACUUUGACAGACCAACCAGGUCGUCACUGAUGUCGAGGCUGGAGGUGCUGGACACGUAUUUUGAGGCUGCGUGCUAUACAUUGGAUAUCCCCGCCAAGCCUCUCGCAUACCUUGGCCGUGACAAAGACCACCCGGAUGCAGAAUCUAAGCGCGAUGACGAAAACGACUCGAAUACCACCACAACUCCCACCUCCAGACCAACCAACCGCCGCACCCCUUUCGUGUCCGCGUUCCUCGUGCCUACGGUCUGCAUAUUAUCAUGCAUACCUGCAGCCCUCGCCUGGAUCCGCGCCAACGACAAAGAGGGAACUGUUGCAGACGUGGAUUUCUUCCAGUUGCUCUCCUCGGCUUGCCUCCAGUUACUCGCGAUAUUGAACGGGAUUCUUACUCUGGACGCGAUCCCUUUAUACCUUGCCAUUCCUAUCCGCUGGUCCGCGCUGCUCCUGUUUGGUGGUUCUAUUCUCCAGGCGUUGGUUCAACUGCAGCUUGUACUUGGCAUCUAUGCUUUCAAGGAGCAUCACAGCUAG